GCCAUCCAGGUUCAGACACGUAUUGUCUCCUGAUCCAUUUAAUAUUUGUUCACUGGCUACAGUCAUUAAAUAUUGACAUUUGCUGUGUAAAAUAGGAUUUCUGUUCUAAUGUUUUGUUUCAUGAAAGAGUAUUCAUUGUUAAAUAAGGCAAUGGACUUGGUUAUUAUUUCUGACAAAGUGGUCCACCUCCAGUAUAAACGCUGCAGAAAUCACUUGAAGUGAAGAAGUCAUAAUGGAAACUGAGGCAAAGCCAAAAGAAGCCGAGCCACUCUGUGAGGAUGCUGAAAAAGUUGACACAGAAACUACGUCAUACACAGAUGCGGGAGACGCCACAACUCAGGACUCUAGUAUUAGCAAUGGGGACGACGCAGACGGCGAGCAGGAGAUGGUGGACUUGAAGAUUAUCUGGAACAAGAAUAAAUAUGAUCUGAAAAUUCCUGUUGACAACACCGGAGCCCAACUAAAAGAGAGGAUCCACUCACUCACUGGUCUUCCACCUGCAAUGCAGAAAGUGAUGUACAAAGGACUGCUUCCAGAGGACAAGACGCUACGUGAAAUAAAGAUUACAAAUGGUGCAAAAAUAAUGGUGGUAGGAUCUACAAUAAAUGAUGUAUUAGCUGUGAAUACACCCAAAGAGGCUGUUCAGCAAGAAGUUAAGGCUGAAGAAAACAAGAAAGAGCCUUUAUGCAGGCAAAAGCAACACAGGAAAGUUUUGGACAAAGGUAAACCAGAUGACAUAAUGCCAUCUAUUAAAGGAACAAAGGAACGAUUACCAACAGUGCCUUUAUCCGGAAUGUUUAACAAGUCCGGAGGAAAAGUUAGACUCACAUUCAAACUGGAGCAGGAUCAGCUGUGGAUCGGAACAAAGGAGAGAACAGAGAAAGUCCCAAUGGGCUCCAUUAAAAACGUAGUGUCUGAGCCCAUCGAAGGCCAUGAGGACUACCACAUGAUGGCUUUUCAGUUGGGUCCAACAGAAGCGUCUCAAUAUUGGGUCUACUGGGUGCCUGUCCAGUUUGUCGAUGCAAUCAAAGACACAGUCCUUGGAAAAUGGCAGUAUUUCUAAUGUGCCUCUUUUUUUGAACUGGGAUUGAGAGGGAGAGCCAAUGAAAAAUGAAAGUGGAGUCAACAGUGAGGCUUAAGGAACUUCUUGGAAUUCAUUCAAAGGAAACGGAUGGAUGCCUGUGGACUAAUCAUAUUGUUUUUAGGCUAAAAGUGCACUAUGUGGCAGCAUAACAUUUCUCAGCCCUGUUGAUCAUUCAAGGUUUUCAGCAAAUCCAAGGGAAAAUGGUGAAACAAUUGUACAGAAAUUGCUAACACUUUUCUUCAGUUAUUCUUAAAGAAAUAAAAUUAUUUAAUGAAAUGAAUGCA